AUGAAGAAGAGCGACUUGUGCGGAAACAGAAGUCCCUCGUGAAUUUUCCAACCUGUCGGCUGUCAUUUGUCUCCUCGGAUAGAUUCGAGUAGAGAGGAUUGGGCAGAUUAGUUUCUGUUCAAUUAGAAAGGUUGUGUUUAAAAUCUCUCGGUGUGAACGCAGCGGACACAAUGCGGGCAGCUUUAUUUCUAUUUUCCCUUUUACUUUCCUCCGUGUUGGUCACAGGGGCUCCAGCAGCAAAGAAUGGAGACUUUGCCCUUCAGCGAACUCGUAGGGAUAAUUCAAAUAAGGGUUCAGAGACAGAUGCUGGAAACAGUGCAUCUGUUAAUGAUUUAGGUGAAACGGCAAGAAAAAAUGAAACUGAAAAAGCAAACCAGGCAAACCAGCCUUCUGUUAAUGAACCGGGCAAAACAACAAAACCGGAGGAAACCGGAAAAGCAAACCAGGCAAACCAACCUUCUGUUAAUGAACCGGGCAAAACAACAAAACCGGAGGAAACCGGAAAAGCAAACCAGGCAAACCAACCUUCUGUUAAUGAACCGGGCAAAACAACAAAACCGGAGGAAACCGGAAAAGCAAACCAGGCAAACCAACCAUCUGUUAAUGAACCGGGCAAAACAACAAAACCGGAGGAAACCGGAAAAGCAAACCAGGCAAACCAACCUUCUGUUAAUGAACCGGGCAAAACAACAAAAACGGAGGAAACCAGAAAAGCAAACCAGGCAAACCAACCUUCUGUUAAUGAACCGGGCAAAACAACAAAACCGGAGGAAACCGGAAAAGCAAACCAGGCAAACCAACCUUCUGUUAAUGAACCUGGUGAAACAACAAAAACGGAGGAAACCGGAAAGGCAAACCAGGCAAACCAACCUUCUGUUAAUGAACCGGGCAAAACAACAAAAACGGAGGAAACCGGAAAAGCAAACCAGGCAAACCAACCUUCUGUUAAUGAACCGGGCAAAACAACAAAAACGGAGGAAACCGGAAAAGCAAACCAGGCAAACCAACCUUCUGUUAAUGAACCGGGCAAAACAACAAAAACGGAGGAAACCGGAAAAGCAAACCAGGCAAACCAACCUUCUGUUAGUGAACCGGGUGAAACAACAAAAACGGAGGAAACUGAAGAAGAAAACCAGCCUUCUGUCAAUGAAUCAGAAGAAAUAACAGAGGAGGAGAAAACUGAAGAAGAAAACCCGGAAAAAACAGGCAGUGAAGUUCAGAAAGAUCAGGAAACACCUCAGGAUAAAAUUCAGUACACGCAACCAGGAAUGAAGGAGGAGGAAAGCAGCCAUUUCUUUGCCUACUUUGUCACUGGAGCUGUACUGGUGGCAAUGCUUUACAUCGCUAUCCACAACAAGCGCAAGAUUAUUGCCUUUCUUUUGGAAGGAAAAAGAUCCGGAUCCACUCGACGACCUAAAUCCGCACACUACCAGAAGCUGGAGCAAAAUAUGUGAUCCAAAGCUUCCUGGAAAAACUGUGGUGGAUCUGCACUAAAGAAAAGGACCUUUCUCUAUAUGGACACUUCCGAUUUUGACUUUUAACUGUUUGUUGCAUGACUAAGCAUAUGACAGAUUGCCUUAUCCGGAGGGUAUGUUAAGUAGGCUUGCAGUAUUUUGCACUUGUGUAAAUGUUUUGAUUUUUGGGCCUUCUGGUUUGAGGGAGGUGGUGGAUCAGGAUGCUUGGUAGCAAAUCAGUUGUCUUAAAUCUGUCUUGUUUUUAUGUCACAGUAUAGAUGUCAACAUGUACCUGAAUAAGCCAUCACAGAGUGUUUUGUUGCUUUGGAAAUGCCUUUAAUAUAUGCUGUUUCCUUGAAAACAAUCUAUUUUAUAAAUACAGGUAUAAUCAGGUUAAUGUCGCCUGGCUAAUCUAUGGUCCGCUUCCUCUGUUUGAGCUGAGGAGGCUUCAACUUGUGCCACUUGAUGGGUUGGACUCAUCCAUUAAGUUUACCUAUAAAUGUAUUUGUAGGAUAGGAUUUCAGUGCAGACUCUUUGUUUUUUUGCUGUCAGGAAAAAGAGUACUUUGCUGAAACUACCACUAAAAUAUGAAGUUGGGUCAGCCAUCAAACAUUUGUUUUGUUAUUUAGAAAUGAAAAAACCCAAAUCUUUUCCAAAUGGUUUGAGAUAAUCCUGUGGUUUAUCUUGUCUUUUUUUUUUUUUGCCUCAUACUUUGAGGUAAACCAUUUUUUUUCUUCUAGGAAGUGUGUAUGAACCAACUUGCAGCUUUCUAGAAACAGUUGUUUGUAAUAUCUGAAAUUGUUUUAAAAUUUGACCUGUGGUUUUCUGUGAAGAUGGGUAUCGGGAAGGAUUAAAUGAUGAGGUAUUUCAGAAAGAAUUGUAUAAAGAUAACGUUUUUUUUUUAAAUAUACCAGAUCUAAGCAGUUUAGUGCUUCUACUGAAAUAAAUUAUAUCUGCUUA